AUGUUUUCUUUUUUUACGCUACUGCAAGUUUUCAUUCAUUUUUUUAGUCUAUUCUUUUUUAUUCAUUCUUUUUUUCAUUCAUUCUUUCCUUUUUUAAUUCCCUAUUCUUUAAGAUUUUUUUCUUUCUUUUUCGAAUAUACUUAUUUUUCUUUCAUCUUUUCAUUCUUCUUCAUACCCGGAGAGGUUUUCUUUCUUUCUUUCAAUUUUGACUUUUUUCUUCAUGCCCUUUUAAUCUUUCUUUCUUUAUUUCUUGUUAUUUCUUUCGACACGAUCCAUACACUUUUAAGCUUCCAUUCUAUAUAUCUAUCUAUCCAUCUUUAUUUUUUCCUUCCUUUCCUCCUUCCUUCCUUCUUUCCUUCCUUCCCCCCCCCUUCCUUAAUUUUUCUACUAGCAUUAAAUUUCACUUUCUUUCUUUCUUUCUUUUUUCUUUCUUUUUUGUUUGUUUUUUUUUCUUUCAUUUUUGUUUGUUUGUUUGUUUGUUUCUUUCUUUCUUCAUUGAGUUCCUCUCUUCACAGUCAUGUAAUCUUUUUUUCAAUCUUCACUUUCUUUCUUUCUUUCUUUCUUUCUUCAUUGAGUUCCUCUCUUCACAGACAUGUAAUCUUUUUUUUCAAUCUUCACUUUCUUUCUUUCUUUCUUUCUUUCUUUCUUCAUUGA